UUAGCCCGACACGUCCGGAUUUUUGUUAGACACAAUGCUAGAGUGUUUAUUGCUGCACAUUUGUAUAAGAAAGAAAAUCCCGAGCAGUGCUUUUACUUCGAACUCAAUUUCUUUUUUUUUCUUGAAUUAUAUUUUCCUCUGGUUUACAAUUAUUUUUUUAAUUUUCUAAUUUAUUGAAAUUUUUGCGUUAAAAAUUUUUUUGAUAAAAUUUGUAAAUAAUUUUUUUGUGAAUUAAGAAUGCAUUGGAAAUAUGCUUUUUAUUUUUGUUCAUUAUCUUAUAUUUACCAUUUUCUCUAUUUUCUUUUAUAAAUUUUAUCAACCUUUGUUUUCAGGGUGGAGAUAACCCCCUUCAUCCACAAGGCCAUCGAAAGCUUGGUCAAAAAACUUAAAGACAGGCGCGAGCAAUUGUUUGGUUGCAUUUUUUGUUUUUUUAAUUUAAUUUUUUUCAAUUUUAGAGGUGUGCUAAUUUCCGCAGUAACUUCUGUUGGAUUGCAGCCAUCUAAUUGUUUUGCUAUUCACAGCUCACUGGACGGUCGUUUACAAGUUGCUGGACGGAAAGGAGUCCCAAAUGUUGUGUAUGCAAGGAUUUGGAGGUAAUAAACCUACCUGCCUUAAUUUUCUUGUGUACAUUCUUCUGCCUUUUGCAAACGAUGUUUCACCGUGUUAGAGCCUUUUCGUCUACUUCACGACUUUUAGUACCACUUCCAAUCCGGCGUGUAGCUGUUGAUGUUCCUGUUAUUGUUGACCAGCCUUGUAUACCUGCGACUCCCCAGUCACACUUUCAAUUGGCCUUAGAACAUAUUGGAAAACGAGCAGGUGCGUCUGCUUGUGAAGAAAUUUGGCUGGGAUCUUCGCUUCAAUUGAAAGUUUUUUUGAGGACCUAUUCAAUGGAUGUCGACUACUUUACCAUGAAGUCAAGAGUGGUGGACUAUCUGGCAGAGAAUUGUGUAGAUGACAGUGAUGCAUUUAUUGGUUUUUGGGCUAAUGCCUAUUCCGCUCACAAAUUCGGUUAUAACGACGUUGAAUUCCUUUCACUUAUCUUGCCGACUUAUCGUUCUGCUACCCGAUUUUGUAACGAGCUAUUUGACAUACACAUGGAGAACCGCUUUAACAAAAAGCAUUUUCUUGCUGAAUGGAGGAGUCAAAAGUCUCGUUGGGAUAAGAAGUUGUUGUUCCCCGUUGCAAUGAGGGAUGGAAGAGUUGAGUACACAAGAGGCGGGAAGAUUAUCAAGAAGAAAUAG